CCCGACCCUAAUGAACAAAACCCCUAAAUUUUCACCCAAAAAUCUGAAUCAAGAACCCUAAAUUCAAACAUAGUUCAAAAUUCCUUCUUUUGAAUCAAAGGUGCUACAAUGGCUCGAAUAAGCUUGACUAGGCUCUGUUUACAAGAGGAAGAUCAUGAAUUGGAAGAGGUGCGAUGCAAACACGGAUUUGUUUUGCCUUUGCUGACCUCUUGGACCCCGAGAAAUCCUAGUAGAAGAUAUUGGGGUUGUCCUUACUAUGGGAAUGCUAGAUCAUGCGAUUUUUGGCUUUGGAAAGAUGAUUAUAUUGAUCCAAGAUCCAAAUUUGUGAUUCCCAAGUUGUUGGGAAGAAUUGCGGAGCUUGAACAUAGUGUUGAAUCUUCUCGAAAAGUUGAAACUUCGGAUAAGGAAAUCAACAAGCCUACUAAGUCGACCAAAUCCAUGGAAAGCAAAAUAGAUAUGAACAAGAAGGAGUCAAAAAUGGACAAUUUUGAUGAUGAUUUGAAGAAGAUGAAAGCAGUUGAAAAGAAAUGGAAAAAAAAAUUGGCCAAGUCCAAGAAAAGGGAGAAACAACUUUGGAUUGCUCUGUUGUGUGUUUGUAUUUUAGGUGUAAGUUUAGUAUUUCAAAGAGUAUUGUUUCUGAAAGGAGAAGGACAUUCAAGGAAAUUGUCAUGAUCUCUUAUUGUACCAAAAAUUUGCAAUAUUGUGUUGAACUUGU